AUGGCGUCCGAGCAGGAGCCCGCCGCCGUGCUGAGGUGGACGCCGAGUCCGCGGCGGCGUCAGGACGACGAGGCUGAUGAUCAUCACAGGGGGGCAUUCGACAUGGUCUCCGACCUCGGCGGCUGCAUGCGCGGCACCGAGGGCUUUCCCUUCGGCAGCGGGCGCUCGUUCGCGCCGCCGCCGUUCCUGACGGCGCCGGAGGCGGAGCCGCCCUCGCUGGAGAUAAGCGUGGGGAUGAACAGCGACGUUGCCUUGGUCGCCCGGGACCAGGUGACGUCUUUGCGCCAGCCAGACCAGGGCGCCGUCCUCGCGUGGGAGGACCUCUGGGUGUCCACCGCCGGCGGCAAUCGCCGCCGCGUUCCCAUCCUCUGCGGCCUCAACGGCUACGCGCGCCCCGGCGAGGUCCUCGCCAUCAUGGGCCCGUCCGGCUGUGGCAAGUCCACUCUUCUCGACGCCCUAGCAGGAAGGUUAGGUUCUAGCAUGAUCCAGAAGGGAGACGUCCUGAUCAAUGGCCGGAGGCAGGAGCUGGCGUUCGGCACGUCGGCGUACGUGACGCAGGAUGACGUGCUGAUGAGCACGCUGACGGUGCGGGAGGCGGUGCACUACUCGGCGCAGCUGCAGCUGCCGAGCGCGAUGACGCCGGCGGCGAAGCGGGAGCGCGCGGAGGAGACGCUGCGGGAGAUGGGGCUGGACGGCGCGGCGGACACGCUCAUCGGCGGCCGGUGGGCGCACCGGGGGGUCAGCGGCGGGCAGCGCCGCCGGGUGAGCAUCUGCACGGAGAUCCUCACCCGCCCGGCGCUGCUGUUCCUCGACGAGCCCACCAGCGGCCUCGACAGCGCCGCCUCCUACCACGUCGUCAGCCGGAUCUCCCGCAUGGCUCGCCGCGAGGGCAUGGCCGUCGUCGCCGCCGUGCACCAGCCCAGCACCGAGGUGUUCGGCCUCUUCCACGGCCUCUGCCUCCUCGCGUACGGAAAGACCGUCUUCUUCGGCCCCGCCGCUGACACCAACCAGUUUUUCUCUAUGAGCGGGUUCCCUUGUCCGUCACUGAUGAACCCUUCUGACCACUUCCUGAGAACCAUCAACAAGGACUUUGACAAGGAUAUCGAGGAAGGCAUGGACGGGAAGAUUAUGACAACAACUCAGGCAAUCGACACCCUAGUCAGCUCAUACAAAUCUUCCUUUCAUUGGGAGAAAGUGAUGCAUCGGAUCGAACAAAUACGCGCCAAUGAAGGGCAGCUGGUGAAGAAGGAAGGGGGGCAGCCGACCUUCCUGACGCAGUCCUGGGUGCUCACCAAGAGGUCCUUCGUCAACAUGUACAGGGACCUGGGCUACUACUGGCUGCGUCUCGCCAUCUACGUCUCCCUGUGCCUCUGCGUCGGCACCAUCUACUACGACGUCGGUCAUACCUACGGAUCCAUCCAGGCCCGUGGCUCCAUGCUCAUGUUCGUCGCUGCCUUCCUCACCUUCAUGGCCAUCGGAGGCUUCCCCUCUUUCGUUGAGGACAUGAAGAUAUUUGGGAGGGAGAGGCUCAAUGGUCACUACGGCGUGGCGUCGUUCGUGGUCGCGAACACGCUGUCGUCUACACCGUACCUAGCUCUCAUCUCCGUCGUGCCAGGCGCGAUAGCCUACUACCUGACCGGCCUCCGGAGCAGCGGCGAGCACUUCGGCUACUUCGCGGCGGUGCUCUUCACGACGAUGAUGGUGGUGGAGGGCCUGAUGAUGACCGUGGCCAGCGCCGUGCCGGACUUCCUCAUGGGCAUCAUCACCGGCGCCGGCAUCCAGGGCGUCAUGAUGCUCAACGGCGGCUUCUUCCGCCUCCCCGACGACCUGCCCAAGCCGGUGUGGCGGUACCCCAUGUACUACGUCGCCUUCCACAAGUACGCCAACCAGGGGCUCUACAAGAACGAGUUCUUGGGGCUCACCUUCCCCAGCAGCGACCAGGCCGGCGGCGCCGCCACGAUCACCGGCGGCGAGAUCCUGAGGGACUACUGGCAGGUGCAGCUCGGGUACAGCAAGUGGGUCGACCUCGCCAUCCUCAUCGGAAUGGUCGUGCUCUAUAGGAUGCUCUUCUUUGUCAUCGUCAAGCUCGUCGAGAAGAUGAAGCCCAUGGUGCAAAGGCUCAGGUUAAGGAGGGACAUGCCUUUCGGUGAAGGUUAUCACUGA